UGAGAGGAGGGAGUUUGUAUAUGCAGUUUCACAAAUAUGAAGAGAUUGGCAAUCAAUCAAUUGUCAGCAUUAGUAGUAGUGAUACUAGUUGUGAUAGGAUCAUCAAGAUGGUGCUUAGCGGAUAAAGCGCAAUGCGGAACACAAGCUGGUGGUGCAUUGUGUCCUAAUCAGUUAUGUUGCAGUGCAUGGGGUUUUUGUGGAUCAACCCCAAUCUACUGCGGCGAUGGUUGCCAGAGUCAAUGUCCCGGAACCAGCCCUUCUCCACCUCCUCUACCUCCAUCUCCUCCUCCACCUUCUCCUUCUCCUCCACCACCUCCUCCUCGUCCUCCUCUUCCAGAAGAGUAUCUCAUCUCUAGAAAAGAUUUCAACGAGAUGCUCAAGAAUCGAGACGAUAAUAGAUGUGAAGGAAGAGGAUUUUACACAUAUGAAGCUUUUAUUGAAGCUGCCAUCUCUUUCCCCAAGUUCGGCAAUGAAGGAUAUAGGGAAGAUAGUAAAAAAAGAGAGAUUGCUGCUUUCUUUGGUCAAACUUCAUUUGAAACAAUUGCUGAUGUUGAUCUAGACGACGAGACAUACCCAGUCGAAUGGGGAUAUUGUUUUGUGAGGCAAAAGAAUCCCAGCAAGAACUAUUGUGAAUCAAGCUCUGAAUUCCCAUGUGCUUCUGGAAAGGACUACUACGGUAGAGGUCCUUUCCAGAUACGUGGGAAUGAAAUAUACGGAAAGUGUGGAAAAGAAAUCGGUGUUGAUUUGCUGAAUAAUCCAGAUCUUGUAGCCAGUGAGGCUGUUAUAUCAUUCAAGACCGCUAUAUGGUUUUGGAUGACACCUCCUCUGCCAUUGUAUGGCCAAUAUUUACCAUCUAGCCACGAUGUUAUGGCCAUUAUAUGGACCCCUUCUAGUCUUGAUCUUUCGCUAGGGAGGUUUCCAGGAUAUGGGAUGACGACGUUUGUGGUGACUCAUGCCCAACAAAGUUAUGACGAAUGCGGACUUGGGUACAUCACUGUACCUGAGUAUUGUCGGAUUCUAUUUUUUGGAAGAUAUUGUGACAUACUUGGAGUUGAUUAUGGAGUUAGUCAUGGAGAUGAAGUUUCAUGUAUGACUUCCAAAACACAAUCCCUCAUUGGCUCCACCUAGCUUAUCAUGUUUUCAAGUACAUCUCUUUCUUUACACAUUUAUUAAUAAUGUGGAUCGUUUUCCUUAGUGUUAUUUGGGUGUAGUACGUUUGUAUUAUCACAUUUGUCUUAAUUACUAUCAUCAAUAAAAGUUACUCUCUUCAUUUUCCUUC